AUGCUGGACCCUUCAUCCAGCGAAGAGGAAUCGGAUGAGAUCUUGGAGGAGGAGAGCGGCAAGGAUGUGCUCGGCUCGGCCGCGUCCGGCGCGCGCCUGUCUCCCAGCCGCACCAGCGAAGGCUCGGGCGGCGGCGCCGGGCUGGGGGGCGGCGGCGGUGCCGGCGCCGGGGCCGGGGUGGGCGCCGGCGGCGGCGGGGGCAGCGGCGCGAGCAGCGGCGGCGGGGCCGGGGGGCUGCAGCCGAGCAGCCGCGCCGGUGGCGGCCGGCCCUCCAGCCCCAGCCCGUCGGUCGUGAGCGAGAAGGAGAAGGAGGAGUUGGAACGGCUGCAGAAAGAGGAGGAGGAGAGGAAGAAGAGGCUGCAGCUCUAUGUGUUCGUGAUGCGCUGCAUCGCCUACCCCUUCAACGCCAAGCAGCCCACCGACAUGGCUCGCCGGCAGCAGAAGAUCAGCAAACAGCAGCUGCAGACAGUCAAGGACCGGUUUCAGGCUUUUCUCAAUGGGGAAACCCAGAUCGUGGCUGACGAAGCCUUUAUGAAUGCUGUCCAGAGUUACUACGAGGUGUUCCUGAAGAGCGACCGCGUGGCCCGCAUGGUGCAGAGUGGAGGCUGCUCCGCCAACGACUCGCGGGAGGUCUUCAAGAAGCACAUCGAGAAGAGGGUGCGCAGCCUGCCCGAGAUCGACGGCCUCAGCAAGGAGACCGUGCUGAGCUCCUGGAUGGCCAAGUUUGAUGCCAUUUACCGCGGGGAAGAGGACCCCAGGAAGCAGCAGGCCCGGAUGACGGCCAGCGCAGCUUCCGAGCUCAUUCUGAGCAAAGAGCAACUCUACGAGAUGUUCCAGAACAUUCUUGGGAUCAAGAAGUUCGAACAUCAGCUCCUGUACAAUGCCUGUCAGCUGGACAAUCCAGAUGAGCAAGCAGCCCAGAUCAGACGAGAGCUGGAUGGACGUCUCCAAAUGGCAGACCAAAUAGCCAGGGAACGCAAAUUUCCCAAGUUUGUAUCCAAAGAAAUGGAAAACAUGUACAUUGAAGAGCUGAAGUCAUCCGUCAACCUGCUCAUGGCUAAUUUGGAGAGCAUGCCAGUUUCCAAAGGCGGCGAGUUCAAGCUUCAGAAACUCAAACGCAGCCACAACGCUUCCAUCAUCGACAUGGGUGAGGAGAGUGAGAACCAGCUCUCCAAGUCAGACGUCGUGUUAUCUUUCUCCCUGGAGGUGGUCAUCAUGGAAGUCCAAGGCCUCAAAUCCUUAGCUCCAAAUCGCAUUGUAUAUUGCACGAUGGAGGUGGAAGGAGGAGAGAAACUACAGACCGACCAGGCCGAGGCUUCAAAACCAACCUGGGGCACCCAGGGUGACUUCUCUACGACCCACGCACUGCCCGCUGUGAAGGUGAAGCUGUUCACAGAGAGCACAGGAGUCCUGGCCUUGGAGGACAAGGAGCUGGGACGGGUUAUUCUCCAUCCCACCCCCAACAGCCCCAAACAGUCAGAGUGGCACAAAAUGACUGUCUCCAAAAACUGCCCCGAUCAAGACCUCAAAAUCAAACUUGCUGUCCGAAUGGAUAAGCCUCAAAACAUGAAGCAUUCUGGGUAUUUAUGGGCCAUCGGUAAGAAUGUCUGGAAGAGAUGGAAGAAAAGAUUUUUUGUCUUAGUGCAGGUGAGUCAGUACACGUUUGCCAUGUGCAGUUACCGGGAGAAAAAAGCGGAGCCUCAGGAACUUCUCCAACUGGAUGGCUACACUGUGGAUUACACGGACCCCCAGCCAGGUUUGGAGGGUGGCCGAGCCUUCUUCAAUGCAGUCAAAGAAGGAGACACCGUGAUAUUUGCAAGUGAUGAUGAGCAAGAUCGCAUUCUCUGGGUCCAAGCCAUGUACCGGGCUACCGGGCAGUCACACAAGCCUGUGCCCCCAACCCAAGUCCAGAAACUCAACGCCAAGGGAGGGAACGUGCCUCAGCUGGACGCCCCCAUCUCCCAAUUUUACGCAGAUAGAGCUCAAAAACAUGGCAUGGAUGAAUUUAUCUCUUCCAACCCCUGUAACUUUGACCACGCUUCCCUCUUUGAGAUGGUGCAACGUCUUACUUUGGAUCACAGACUUAAUGAUUCCUAUUCUUGCCUGGGCUGGUUCAGUCCUGGCCAGGUGUUUGUACUAGACGAGUAUUGCGCCCGAAAUGGAGUCCGAGGGUGUCACCGACAUCUCUGUUACCUCAGAGAUUUGCUUGAACGGGCAGAAAAUGGCGCCAUGAUUGACCCCACACUCCUUCACUAUAGCUUUGCCUUCUGUGCAUCCCACGUCCACGGGAACAGGCCUGAUGGAAUUGGAACUGUGACUGUUGAAGAAAAGGAACGUUUUGAAGAAAUCAAAGAGAGACUCCGAGUUCUGUUGGAAAAUCAGAUUACACAUUUUAGGUAUUGCUUUCCAUUUGGUCGACCUGAAGGUGCUUUGAAAGCUACCCUCUCACUCUUGGAAAGGGUCUUGAUGAAAGAUAUUGUUACCCCAGUACCACAAGAGGAGGUAAAAACAGUCAUCCGUAAAUGUCUAGAGCAGGCUGCUUUAGUCAACUAUUCUCGGCUGUCAGAGUAUGCCAAAAUCGAAGAGAAUCAAAAGGACGCAGAAAAUGUAGGCCGGUUAAUCACUCCUGCCAAAAAGCUGGAAGACACAAUACGUCUUGCUGAACUAGUCAUUGAAGUUCUUCAGCAAAACGAGGAACACCAUGCAGAGCCACAUGUUGAUAAAGGAGAAGCCUUUGCGUGGUGGUCAGACUUGAUGGUGGAACACGCCGAGACGUUCCUGUCACUCUUUGCAGUGGACAUGGAUGCAGCGCUAGAGGUGCAGCCCCCGGACACAUGGGACAGUUUUCCACUGUUUCAGCUGCUGAAUGAUUUUCUCCGGACCGAUUAUAAUUUGUGCAAUGGAAAAUUUCACAAACACCUGCAAGACCUGUUUGCCCCACUUGUGGUUAGAUAUGUGGAUUUGAUGGAGUCCUCAAUUGCACAAUCCAUUCACAGGGGCUUUGAGCGGGAGUCAUGGGAACCAGUCAAGAGUUUAACCAGUAAUCUACCCAAUGUGAACCUACCCAAUGUGAACCUUCCCAAAGUACCAAAUCUACCAGUUAACAUCCCUCUAGGCAUCCCACAAAUGCCUACUUUUUCGGCACCGUCAUGGAUGGCUGCUAUAUAUGAUGCUGAUAACGGAUCAGGCACUUCCGAAGAUCUGUUCUGGAAACUUGAUGCCCUUCAGACCUUCAUUCGGGACUUGCACUGGCCUGAAGAAGAGUUUGGAAAGCACCUGGAACAACGGCUAAAGCUGAUGGCAAGUGACAUGAUUGAAUCUUGUGUCAAAAGAACCAGGAUUGCAUUUGAAGUUAAGCUGCAAAAAACCAGUCGAUCAACAGAUUUUCGAGUCCCACAGUCAAUAUGCACCAUGUUUAAUGUUAUGGUUGAUGCCAAAGCUCAAUCAACAAAACUUUGCAGCAUGGAAAUGGGCCAAGAGCAUCAAUACCAUUCAAAAAUAGAUGAACUAAUUGAAGAAACUGUUAAAGAAAUGAUAACACUCUUGGUUGCAAAGUUUGUUACAAUCCUGGAAGGAGUGCUGGCAAAAUUAUCCAGAUAUGACGAGGGGACGUUGUUUUCUUCUUUUUUGUCAUUUACCGUGAAGGCAGCUUCCAAAUAUGUGGAUGUACCUAAACCCGGGAUGGACGUGGCCGAUGCCUACGUGACUUUCGUCCGUCACUCUCAGGAUGUCCUUCGUGAUAAGGUCAAUGAGGAGAUGUAUAUAGAAAGGUUAUUUGAUCAAUGGUACAGCAGCUCCAUGAACGUGAUCUGUACCUGGCUGACGGACCGGAUGGACUUACAGCUUCACAUUUAUCAGUUGAAAACACUAAUUAGGAUGGUAAAGAAAACCUAUAGAGAUUUCCGACUGCAAGGAGUCCUGGACUCAACCUUAAACAGCAAGACCUACGAAACCAUCCGGAACCGUCUCACUGUGGAGGAGGCCACAGCGUCCGUGAGCGAGGGCGGGGGUCUGCAGGGAAUCAGCAUGAAGGACAGCGACGAGGAAGACGAAGAGGACGAUUAG